UAUUCUCAUUCUCAAUUCGGGGUAAAAAAAGGAGCAAGAAAAGUCCCAAAAAAACAGCAAUCAGCAUCAAAUUUACUUUUGUUUUUCUCAAUUAAAAUAAUGGUAACACUAGUGGUGGCAACCACCGCUGAUCCGGCGUCGAUCAACCCCGCGAAAGCACUCCUAUCGAUGCCCGGAUGGCAGCCGGGUCCCACCAUCGAAGGUGGCAUCAGAAGCUUCAAAAAUGGCGACUCCCUCCGUCUACUGGAACAGGACAAUUCCAUAAUUGAAGAAGACGAUCUCGACUUGCGAUGGGAGGCAGCCACCGGAGAAUCGGUGGCCGAGCUCAUUUUUCUUUCUCGACACGUCGCCGUUUCCACCCGCCCCGCCCUCACUAUCCACCCUAUUGGGGUCCCGCAUUUGAAGGAUGGAGAUGUACUACCACAAGGGGGGAAACCCGGAUGGGCGGCGCCACCUUGUCCACGUAUAGGACCGUGGCUUAUGCUGUUGAACAAAAUUGCUCGAUCCAACAAUUUAGUGCCUGAAUUUGAGAUAACGUUGGAGGCUACUCACCAUGGACCAAUAACAACAAAGCCAACGAUGUUUAUCGAGAUAGGAAGCACAGAGGAAUUCUGGGGGAGAGAGGAUGCAGCCCGUGUUAUUGCUCUAUUAGUUUGGGAAGGCCUUGGUCUUGGAGAAAGUCCUGCUGUUGGAAUUUGGAACAGUAUGACCGAAAGGAAGAAAGUGCUAUUCGGUAUAGGAGGCGGGCAUUACGUACCGCGGCACAUGGACGUAGUUCUAAAAGAUGGAAUUUGGGUGGGGCAUCUCCUCUCGGGAUAUUCUCUACCAAUGGAAGAUCCUGGACAAUCGAAAGGGAAAAUAAGUUUCGAUAAAAUUGGUGGAACAUGGAAAGAAGCCAUCAAAAUUGCAUUCGAUGCUACUAAAGCAGCUUUUCACGGUGAAAUUAUUGCGCAUCUUGAUCAUAAGAGUUUUAAGAGCUGGCAAAAGAAUGCUAUUAUAGAUUUUCUCGGCAGUCAGAGCAUAAAGAUCGGCAAACCAGCGGAUUUCUGCUGAUAUUUGUAUCAGGUUUUUGCCCGAUUAUAUUUGAUUCGCGUGUCGAUUUAUUUUGCUUAUUCAUUUCCAAUGAACUAUACAUAUUGGUUUCGCUAGAUUCUAUAUUAUUGGAUCCAUUAUUUGGAUCUUGAUUAAUGAAACAGUGCAAUUAAACCAUGUAUAUUUUGAAAGAUUGUACGUAGUUUAUUAUAGACUUGUUAUUCAGGGAUCUACAGCUGGGAAUUGGAACGGAAUUUCCAAUUUAUGCCGACUCCGAUCUAAAAUUUACUGAUUUUGGAGCAAGUUAUUUUAUUCUAAUUUU